GUAUGUAUGGACGGCAGUUUUGCUAAACGGAUGAAUGUUACAAAGAAACGAUUUUAUAUGUAAUAUGAAACGAAGGAAAUUAGUUAAUUCCUAACCAUGCAGUGUCUAUAGUUUAGCAGUUUAUUUUUUAGUGAUAACAGACUAACAUAAAUAGAUUCUUCUUAACAAGACGGCAUGUUUGUAAGAGCUUGGUCGCGAAUUCUCACGGGGGAUGAAUGAGGAAGAAUUAUUGAAACGGUCUGCUGCAGAGCGAGAUAGAAUAUUUAGCUGCUAUGACCGUGGUAGAGAAAAUGGAGCAGAAAUUGAUCCAUGGGAAGAUCCUACUUACGAAGUUUAUCAUACUACGGACAGAUAUGGAUUUAUACAUGACAAACGUUUACCACAGAAACCGGACCCGAACGAAAUCAAGUGUCAUCGCGUGGAAAUGGAAAGAUUAAAGAAAUGGGAAAAAAUGACAAAACAAUGGGACAGUUCCUCGACUAAAGAGAAGUUACGCCGUAGAAUAUAUAAAGGAAUUCCUAAUAGAUUUCGUGGCCAGGUUUGGUCACUGCUCCUGGGUAUUAAAAAUUUGAAGAGAGAACAAGUUGGUAAAUAUGAAGAAAUGUUGCAACUUGCUCGUCAGUGGUCUACUGAAAUACGACAGAUCGAUGCUGAUGUGGCUAGACAAUAUAGAGAUCAUAUCAAUUAUAGGGAGAGGUAUAGCAUAAAACAACGAUCCAUGUUCUAUGUCUUGGCUGCCUAUAGUAUGUAUAAUAUGGAAGUGGGCUAUUGUCAAGGGAUGUCGGUAUUAGCUGGAUUACUUCUGUUAUAUAUGGACGAAGAAGAUGCAUUUUGGGGUCUUUCCGUAUUGCUAGCUGAUAAGAAAUACACCAUGCAUGGAUUUUAUGUGGAUGGGUUUCCGAAAUUGAAUCGUUUCAUAGAACAUCAUGAUAAAAUUAUGAAUAAAUUUUUACCAAAAUUAAAACGAAAGCUCGACAAAUGUGGUUGCGAUUCUAUACUUUAUGCAUUAAAAUGGUUCUUCGUUGUUUUUCAAGAGAGGACACCCGUUAAUCUUGGCCUUCGAAUUUGGGAUAUAUUUUUAUUAGAUGGCGAUCGCAUUUUACCUGCUAUGGCAUACACGGUCAUGAAAAUGCACAAACGUUUUCUUAUGCCAAUGGAAAGUCUUGAUGAAUUUUGUAAUUACUUGCAAAUUAAAUUGGAAAAAGAUUUUUGUUUCGACGAUGAUACAGUGAUAAGUACUAUGGAACGUAGUAUGGAAGAAUUGAAACGUGCUAAAUUGGAUUAUCCUGGUUCUCCUUUGCCAGAAGAGUUACCACGAUAUGCAUUUGGCACAUUUAAAGAACCUACAUUCGCUAGUAAGGUUGGGAGACGAGCCGAAGAGUUUAGCGAAGCACAGCAUGUAAUGCGUGAAUCCAUAACGCAACGUAGAGACUUGGUGCUUGUUGAUGAUGGUAGAGAAAGUACAACACCGGUUGAACCAACAGGUUGUGGUCUUGGCGGAAGCAAAUUCUCAUUUGAUCCAAGUCUCGAUGAUGGAACCUCUCCCAAUGGCUCGCGUCGGUCAUUGGCAGACACAUCUGUUACCUCGACAGCCGAUCUUUCCGUAUUUAGUUCGGCGACACGGUCUCAAGCGUUAGACAAUAGUCUCGAUACACAAAGUAAUAUUUCUAAUGCUAGCUCAGGUAGCGGUGGUUUGCCCACACCGAGAGCAACACCUCAUCAACCGAGUCCAGACAUUGUACGAAUUUAUGUACCAUACACUUCACCUAUAUCUGGAUCAUACAAAGACGAUCUUCCACGUACACUACCGCGGUCAUUAGAAACAAAUCGAAUUCGCAUACGGGUCGAUCCUGAUCAGACACCAGUAGUGGAGAAUUUGAAACCAUUUUCAUUAGAAACUCCAGAAGUUGAAUUAGACUUAAAAUAAUCUGUUCAUUUGGUAGGUGUACGAUUCAUGACAUUACAGUUAGUAUUAAACAUGGAUUUAGAUUAAAGAAGCCUUGAAAUCUACAUUGUAUUAUACACAGAAAAAUGAUCGUGGAAAUGGUAAUUACGAUAGGAGCGAUAAUAAACGAUGUUCAUUAAAUAUAAUGUACACAUACAGUAUAAUUGACCUUUGUUCGAAGGGCCAAUUAUAGAAUCAAAGUAAACGUAAUGUAUCAUGAUGUUUCUUAUUCAAGUAUAAGCCAGUGUAUGUUGUAAGCACUAUUUAGUCACGAAUUGUUGUAGAAAUUCGCGUUUAACGAAAAUUACUCGUACACUUUCUCUAUGGCCUAACUUUACGUUCAUAAUCGAAUACAAUUUAAACAUAUGCAGUAGAGAAUUACAAAUGUUCAGUCUGUUAUUUCUAAUCAACGAUCAACGAGAUCUUCAAUAAUGAAGUUGUAUCCGUAUUCUUGUCAAAUAAUUUUAAAGAUAACUGCAUAAUAUUUGUCAUACAUGUCAAGUUAUAUCGUACAAAGAUAUAAAACAAUACGAUGAUGGAACUUUAUGCAGUAUAAAAACGAAUUAUGCAUUAAAUUUAAUUGUAAUACUUAGUAAAGCAUCUCGGACAAUGAAAUUUUCAACUAUCGUACGAAUACAUUAUAUAUAUACAUGUAUAUGUAUAUGUGUAUAACGCAUUGCAACAGAGUUAUGGAGAAUAGGAGUGUAAACUUUAAGUAUAAUGUAUAAAUAAUUUCUGUAAAGUAUGCGUUUUUAAAUCUCUCCAUCAGACAAA